GAUAAAUGUAUUAUUUACUGGAGCUGUUGUUAUCUGCAAAGUUACUUACGAUCAGUCCUAAAGUUGCCUUUAAAAUGGAAGCACGUAAAUUUUCUACUCACAUACUGGACACUUCAGUAGGAAAAGCAGCCGCCAAUGUCAGAGUAACCGUUUCCAGGCUGGAUGAGAUCCAGGAGUGGAGAUCUCUUCGGGCGGCCCAAACAGAUGCUGAUGGUCGAUGCUUGCUUUUGGAGCCUGGGCAAUUUCCCAGUGGUAUUUACAAGCUCACCUAUCACGUGGGCGCCUAUUUCGCGGAACGCAAUGUGAAAACUUUAUAUCCAGUAAUUGAUAUAAUUGUGGAUUGCAGUGAAAAUCAACAUUAUCAUAUCCCUUUGUUACUUAACCCCUUUGGUUAUUCUACUUAUCGUGGCACAUAGUAAAGUUGUAUCUAAAGGAAAUACAUUGUGAAUAAAAAUCACAUAAAUAUAA